AUGGCUCCGAAAGCCCUCAAAUUCGAGCUCAAGACCCCUAAGGGCACCAAGGACUGGGAGGGCAAGGACAUGGUUAUCCGCGACAAGAUCUUCAGCACUAUUUCUGAAGUAUUCAAGCGCCAUGGCGGCGUUACCAUCGACACCCCUGUAUUCGAGCUCAGGGACAUUCUAGCAGGAAAAUAUGGCGAAGACAGCAAGCUCAUCUAUGACCUGGCCGAUCAAGGCGGCGAAAUCUGCUCGCUGCGAUAUGACCUAACCGUACCUUUCGCGAGAUGGCUUGCCAUGAACAAGGAUGUCCAGAGCAUCAAGAGAUACCACAUCGCCAAGGUAUACCGAAGAGAUCAGCCGGCAAUGACCAAGGGUCGCAUGCGAGAGUUUUACCAAUGCGAUUUCGAUAUUGCCGGCGCAUACGAUGCUAUGGUGCCCGAUGCAGAGAUUAUCCGUAUCGUGACCGAGGUUUUCAAUGCGCUCGGCUGGAAUGGCACGUACACUAUUAAGCUCAACCACCGCAAGAUCCUGGACGGCAUUUUCCAAGUCUGCGGCGUGCCCGAAGACAAGAUUCGCACAAUUUCGUCAGCGGUGGACAAGCUCGAUAAGCUACCGUGGGCCGAUGUGCGGAAGGAGAUGACGGAGGAGAAGGGUCUCGACGGAGAGACCGCUGACAAGAUCGGCGAGUGGGUGGUGCUUAAGGGCCAGAAGGAUCUCCUGGAAAAACUUCGAGCGAACGAGAAGAUGGCGGCCAACGAAUCCAUGAAGCAAGGCAUGAACGACCUCGAUCUGCUCUUCUUGUAUCUGGAAUUCUUCAAUUGCCUACCGGCCGUCUCAUUUGAUUUGAGUUUGGCGCGUGGACUGGAUUACUACACAGGUGUCAUCUACGAAGUUGUCACCGAGGGAUCGGCACCUUCCACAACCCCAGCAGUUGAAGAAGUGGCGCCGGCGCCUAAGAAGAAGGGCAAGAAGUCGGCGACAGAUCCUGACGAGGAUCGCUCAUCAGACCCCUCAGUUGGCGUUGGUAGCAUAGCCGCCGGCGGCCGGUACGAUAACCUGGUGGGCAUGUUCUCAGGCAAGGGUCAGAUUCCGUGCGUUGGUAUUUCCUUCGGCGUCGACAGAAUAUUCUCGAUCACCAAGGCGCGGAUGGCGGCGGACAAAAACGUCGCCCAGGUUCGAAACAACGAGGUGGAUGUGUAUGUCAUGGCCUUUGGUGGGAAGGGCUUCACUGGACUGCUCAAAGAGCGCAUGUCUGUCUGUGCCACAUUAUGGGAAUCGGGCAUCAAGGCCGAGUUCCUCUACAAGGUGAAGCCGAAAUUGCCGAAUCAGUUCAAGGCCGCUGAAGUGAACGGCGUACCGUUCGCCGUGGUUCUAGGCGAGGAUGAGUUGGCCCAAGGAAAGGUGAAGAUCAAGGAAAUGGGCUUGAGGGACGGCCACCCCGAAAAGGAAGGUGUGCUCGUAAAUCUAGAUGAUGUCGCUUGGGAAGUGAAGCAGAGACUACAGCGCAAACAGGUGCUGGAUGACAUGACGCGACAGGCUGACGGUCUGAGAGUGGUCCACGGCAUUCGCGCCGAUCAAAUCGAAACGGACGUGGCCGCGGCGGGUGUGGAAUCUGCCGUGCCUACUGGCACAGCACCUACUGAUACCGUCCCUGUUAAUGCGGCACCGGCUGAUACACCGCAACAAGAUGCAAAGUAG